AUGAGAGUGCCAUCUCUAGCAGGAUCAAGAUACUUCGUGACAUUCGUUGAUGAUAAAACACGAUACUGUAAAGUUGUGUUCAUAGCUCAAAAGAGCAAGAUCUUUGAAAAAUCUAAGGCUUACAAGGCAAAAGUCAAGAAGCAAACGGGGUUAACAAUUAAAACUCUAAGGUCCGAUAACGAUCGCGAAUAUCUCAGCAACAAAUUCAGGAAUUUCUUCGAGAAGGAGAAAAUAGUGCACCAGCUUACCACUGAGUACACGCCGGAACAAAACGGUGUAGCAGAGCGCUUCAAUCGGACACUAGUCAAAACGAACGUUGAAUGGGAACUUUACCCUACACGGCUUAGAUCGAAAAGAAGCCAACAGCGUAUCACCUCCAGCCGUUUGGGAAAGUGGCACAUGUACUCGAUAAAAGUGAAUAAGUUUACACAAAUGUCGGCCCGGUACAAAAAAACAGAUGUCAUUUCUGAUGGCGAGAACUCAAUUGACGACUUCUACAGCGUCGACUCGGUUAAAGAAGAACAACCCAGCGACUCGGACAUCUUAGGAUUCGUCCCAGCGCCAACUUUCAUAAGGGAUGGCCAUCCAAGGAGGCCAAAGAAAGUGCUACGCAGAGUCACAAUCAAAACUUCAAAAGAGCAGCCAAAUAAUGUUAAACUAAACACGGCUAUCUCUAAAGACGAAUUAGAUAAGGUAAUUGCCUCGAACACGGAGAAAAACCCCAAAACAAAGAAUUCGCUGGUGUUAAAAAAAUCUGUUUUACUACAAUGA